AUGGACGCGUGCGGAGUUACGCCUUCCGAGUCUUCUUCGUCGGAGUCGUCGCCACUUCACUCACGGCACGAUGACGACUCAUCCUCUCCUUCCCCCCAUUUGUCCAUUCGCUCCUCAAUCGUCGGGUCCAGUCCCGCCGACUCUUCGUCGUCGGAUGGUCCUCCCGCACCCCGCUUCCCUUUUCCGACCCACUUUCCGAUGUACCCGCACUUGCACCCCAUGAAAUCAUGUUUCCCGAACGCAGUGCCCCCAGGGCCGACGUUUCUGCCCCGCUCGCGCUUUAUAUCGUCGUUGCUGGCGUCGAAGCCUUUACCUCGUCGAGCACCGACGCGCCCGCGGAGUUCAUCACAGUCUCCCCAGCCCCCCGAGGUAUCUGUCGAGGGCUUCUUGUCGACGCCCCCUCUGUCCGUGGCGUCGACACUGUCUUCGCUGUCCCCCUUGUCCCUGACCCCGCCCCCUUCCCCGUCCCGUAAUGCGGCACUGUCGUGCUUCCGACCGCGUCAAAUAAAGUCGUCCAAAUCGGAGCCACUAUUGAGCAGACUAGAUCUCCCUUCAUCGUCACUUUCGACUUCCUUUUCACCGUCAAUAAAACCGCUGCCAACACACAAGUCGUUAAAGAAAUCCGUAUCUGAGCUUAAUCUUAACAAUUAA